AUGGUUUCCUUUAGGACCAUAGCCGCUGCCUUGGCUGGCCUGGCUUCAUUUUCACAGCAAGCACUAGCGCACUCGACACAACGGAACCCGUUGAAGUACGUGACCAUACUCGAAGAUGCCGUCUUCCACUCCCCGUCGCAACACUGCCACGCCCUCUCGCACUUCGACCUCACUUUCUCCCUGCACGAUAAACAGCAGAACAUUCGCCUGGCGCUGGAGCCGAACCACGACAUCCUCCAUAGCACCCUGGAGGUGAACUACAUGGGCGGCGAUGGAAAGAUCCACACGACCGAGACCGUUGACAGAUCCGAACACCGCGUCUUCAGAGGAAAGGCAUUUGUGCGGCCCGAGGGCCGACCUGAUGAUUGGAGGCAUGCUGGAUGGGCUCGAAUCACUGUACACCGCGACGGCGCCGACCCCAUCUUCGAGGGUGCUUUCCGGCUCGACGACGACCACCACCGUAUCCAGACCGGCGCCAACUACCAUGCGCGCAAGCAUCGUGAGGACCCCGACGCCCCGAGCAGGCAGAACCCCGGCGAGUACAUGGUCGUGUGGAGGGACUCGGACAUCAUCGAAUACUGGACCGAUAAGGAGGACCUGAAAAAGAAGCGCGAAAUCUUCGGCCGUUCUUCCUGCAACUCGGACAGCUUGGACUUCAACAACGACUACAAGAUCGUGGACGCACGGGAUCCCGAACCCUUGCAGUCUGUGUCUUCAAACUCUCUUUUCGGACGCUCUAUUUUCGGCAGACAGUCGAUUGACGGCAGCACCGGUAACAACGGCGCCGGCAUCAACCUCGUCUCCACCAUCGGCCAAACCGCCGGCUGUCCGUCAACGCGCAAGAUUGCGCUGCUGGGUGUCGCCACCGACUGCACCUACACCGCCGCCUUUAACUCGACUCAGGCUGUCAGGCAGAACAUCAUCGACGUGAUCAACGCUGCCUCUGAGGUGUAUGAGAGCACCUUCAACAUCUCGCUCGGAAUCCAGAACCUGACCAUCAGCGACGCAAACUGCCCCGGACAGGCCAGUUCGACCGCGCCCUGGAACGUCGCCUGCAGCAACAGCGUUACGAUUACGGAUCGAUUGAAUCUGUUCUCGGCAUGGCGUGGCAACUCCAACGACAACAACGCCUUCUGGACCCUGAUGAGCACCUGCGGUACUGACUCCGCCGUCGGCCUCGCGUGGUUGGGACAGGCCUGCACUGACGGGGCCCAGACUUCGGGCAGCGGCAACAACAACGAGACGGUUGCUUCGGCAAACGUUGUUAUCCAGACGCCGAGCGAGUGGCAGGUUGUCGCUCACGAGGUCGGCCACACCUUUGGCGCCGUGCAUGACUGCAUGGACACAACCUGCAGCAACGGCGAUUCCGGUAUGAAUAAAUGCUGCCCUCUGAGCUCCGGCACCUGCGACGCUGGUGGCGCCUACAUCAUGAACCCUUCUACCGGCACCGGCAUCCGCGCUUUCUCGCCCUGCAGUAUCGGCAACAUCUGCUCGGGCCUUCAGCGCAGCCAGGUCAAGUCGACCUGCUUGGCCAACAACCGUGAUGUCAAUACCAUCACCGGCAGUCAAUGUGGUAACGGCAUAGUUGAGGCCGGCGAGGACUGCGACUGCGGCGGCACAACCGGAUGCGGCAGCAACAGAUGCUGUAACCCCACAACGUGCAAGUUCACCACGGGCUCCCGAUGUGAUCCGGCCAACGAGGACUGCUGCAACGGGCAAUGUCAGUUUGCCUCCAACGGCACGGUCUGCCGCCAGAGCACCGGUUCUUGCGAUCCCGAAGAGGUCUGCAGCGGUUCGGCAUCCACCUGCCCCAGUGACGAGCACAAGGACGACGGAGACUCGUGUGGCAACUCGGGUGAGGGCCUUACGUGCGCCUCUGGCCAGUGCACCUCUCGCGAUCAGCAGUGCAAGACUGCCUGGGGAUCCCGCACCAACGCGAGCGCGGUGUCAUCUUGCAACAGCGGCAGCUCGGACUGCAUGAUCUCCUGUAAUGUGCCCAGUAUCAGCAACGGUGCGUGCGUGACGAUGAACCAAAACUUCCUCGACGGAACAUCGUGUACGGGGGGCGGCAAGUGCUCCAACGGCCUGUGCCAGGGCUCCAACCCCGGCAGCGAAAUCUGGGACUGGAUUCAGAACAACAAGGGCAUCUUCAUCCCUGUUGUCAUCGUUGUCGGCCUCCUCAUUCUCAUCGUCCUGUUCAGCUGCAUCUGCGGAGCUUGCCGGAGAAGCAGGAGCCGUACCAGGGCCAAGCGCCUUCAGGCCGUCCCGGUGCCGCAGAUGUCGAACGGCAACGGCGGGUGGAACAACUACGGGGGUGCUUGGAGCAACCCGAACAUCCCUCCACCUCCGCCCGCUGCCACUCGUCCCGGCGGUCCUCCGCCCUACCAGGGCAGUUACCAUGGCAGUUACCAGGGCGGUCACCAGAAUGACGGUUGGGGGAUGAACAGGACCCAGAGCGCCAGGUACGCCUAA